AUGUUUCUUUCUACUCCCAUUAGGCUCUGGGCAAUUCAAAGGGUCAAAAAGAAGCGAUGGGUUAUAUCUGACAGAAGACUCCAAGCCUCACGCCUCUACCCUCUAUUUCUGAACUUAAACGAGCGCGGAAUGAAUGCUUCACCAAAAACCUCAUGGUGGCACGCAUUACUCUAUAUUCAUCUUCCGGUAACGCACCAUGAGCUCAGCGAACUUGACCUCCAGCUCCAGACCGCGCAACAUUAG